GAGUUAAAGGGAGGAGACGGAGAGUGACACGCCUCAUUGGGUAGAUUAUGUGCCGCAAACAAAAAGUGUGUGUCUGUGCGCCAGUCAGCCAGAGAGCACCGGGCCCCAUCUGCGCGCCUCACUCCGUCUCACUCUCUGUCUGCCUUCAUCCGUCCAGCUCGGUGCGCCCUGCCAGAGAGCCGGGGAGGAUCUGCAGCCCUGCAGCCCUGCAGCAGCAGCAUCACUGUCACUGUCAGCGCGCCGGGGGGGGGGGAAUGUUCUGACCGGAGCAGCCCGGGAGCGCAGCACCACCACCUCCAUCACUGGCAUCCGCGUCCGCCUGCUAGUUUUCGGAUUUUUAAAACAUCUUUUGACCCUCAUUCUGGUUUCUCACACGGGUUUGGAGUCAGCGCUCUCCACUCGCUUGUGGAAUAUUGCUCCUGUUCAUCGAGGGAAAGUGAGACAUGGAGGAGUCCAGCUCUCAGAAGUUGGCGUGGGACGGGGACGCCAAGGCGGUCCAGCAGUGUCUGACGGACAUUUUUACGAGCGUCUACACGACGUGCGACAUCCCGGAGAACGCCAUCUUCGGGCCGUGCGUGCUGAGCCACACGUCGCUGUACGACAGCAUCGCCUUCAUCGCGCUGAAAUCCACCGACAAACGCACAGCACCUUACAUCUUCAGGGUGGACACCUCGGCCGCCAACAGCACCUCGGAGGGCCUGAUGUGGCUGCGACUGGUCCAGUCAGCUCGGGACAAAGAGGAGCAGAACCUGGAGGCCUACGUGAAGAACGGCCAGCUGUUGUACCGCUCGCUUCGCCGCAUCGAGAAGGACGAAGAGCUGCUGGUCUGGUACGGCAAGGACCUCAUCGACCUGCUGCUGCUCAGCUCCAGCCGAGCGCCGGCCAAGAGCAAAGGUUCAUCCCACCAUUCCUGUCCAGACUGCAGCCAGCGAUUCCAGUUUGAGUUCCCUUUCUUGGCCCACCUCCGGUUCCGCUGCACCAAAAGGCUGCAGAGUAUUACAGAGGCAGACAAGGAGCCUGGCAAAGAGAGCAGCAUAGAGCAACCAAACACAACCCCGAGCAGGAACAGCCCAAAGCUGGGCCGCUCGGAAGGCUUCAGCAGUCCGCACGACAACAACAAACCCUCCACUGACUUUCACAACCUGGCGCGGGAUCUGGAGAAGAACCGGAGCAGCUCACCCACUGACAAGGAGGCCGAGAUCUGCAGCGAGAGCUCGAGGAAGAGAAAGUUCUCAGAAGUCGAGGACAGAGAGUCCAGAGGACCGGGCCUUUCGGUUUCCAAGUCUAAGGAAGAGCUUGCAAGUUCUGCACAGAAUUACAGAGGAGUGUAUGGCCUGGAGGAGAACCACAGGGCCUUCUCCCCGCCGGGAUCUACAGAGCAUGGAGAGGUCAAGCGCAGCGCCUUCACAGAGGUCAAGAAGACACCUCAGAACCUCAAACACCACAGUGGCAACAAAAACCUCCAGAACUCCAACUCUGAGAACAAAGACGGAGGUCGCCCGAGCAGCAACUCUGUGGAGAAGCACCUCAACAUCAGGCAGGUUCUUUCUGAAACGCAGCCACUCCAGACCUCGCCCAUGGGCAGCGCUUUCACCUCGGUCAGCCAGCAGGGCAGCGGCAGCGGCACAGAGAGGAAGAGUGCCUUCAGCCAACCAGCUCGCUCCUUCUCCCAGAUCUCACCGCUGGUGAUGCCCCCCAAGCUGCUGGACUGCCACCCAGCGGUGGGUGACACCAUCUCCUCCAACAGACUCUACCAGGCUGACCACCUUGCCGCCAAGCUGCAGGGUGCAGAGCUUGGCGCCAACUGCCCCGUGCCCGCUGGCAUUGGCAAGCAGAACCCUUUCGUGUACACCACCGCCUUCUGGCCCAAGAACUCCGGACCUAUCCAGCUUCAGAUGCCCUCGGCGCUCACGCUGCUGCCUCCCUCCUUCACCUCCCUCUGCCUGCCGGCUCAGAACUGGUGCGCCAAGUGCAAUGCCUCCUUCCGCAUGACCUCAGACUUGGUUUACCACAUGCGAUCACACCACAAAAAAGAGUACUCCAUGGAGCCUCUCGUCAAGCGGCGGCGGGAGGAGAAACUCAAGUGCCCCAUAUGCAACGAGUCCUUCCGGGAGCGGCAUCACCUGUCACGUCACAUGACCUCCCACAACUGACUGUUUAAGACGAUCAGAGGGACUUUUGCUCAACGAGGGGCCGAGAAUCUGCCUGGAUUUAAGUCCUCCAAAUGGAAAUAGGCCACUUAAACCACAAAAACACCCCUUGCACUUAUUUACACCUUGGACACGCUCUUGAAAUCCUUUUUUGGUCUGUUGACUUUUCCUCCUCUGUACAAAAUGAUAUGUUUUCGACUGUGAGCGAAUACAUUUUGACUUAAAAAAAAACAAACUAAUCUAUUUAUGAAGCACUUGAAUCUUUGAGAAUAAGGAAGAUUUAAAUAUGUGUAAAUGUACAGUAAGUUGUAUUUUAUAUCAUGCAAAUUCAAAUAUAGAGAUGAAUUACAAUUGUCGUCACUCGUCCUGGUUUUACACCACAACAAUUGUUUUCUUUUUCAUGUUUGCAAUGUUUAAGGACACAAACUGGGGGGUUUUAUGUCAGACUAUAUUUCAGAGUGCAUGUAAUAUUAAAUGAUAUUGAUUUAAGAUGCAGUCUAUUCAUCACAGUGUAAAUAAUUUGUUUUAUUUGAAAAACAAAGUGUAAUAUUUUGUGUCAGUGGGGAAUAGUUUCAGUGUUUCUUCCUUUUUGCGGAAAUUUACUACUUGACAGUUUAUCUAAUCAUGUUGAAUGCAUUGACAAUAAAAUAGCUUUAUUUUCA